GCCCGCGAUGCCAAGAUCUCGAGGUUUGUUUUAAUAUGAUUUCUAUCGGAGGGCAACCGUCCGAGAAUCAUAAGGACCCUAGGAAGGUAGUGAUAUUAAGUGGAUGAACUGGAUAUUAUUCCGCGGCUUGAUACUACCAUAUGAGCUUCUUUGUAUUUAUCAGAACGCCCACCGGCUAUUAAUCCACGAAGAGCACAUCGAGGAACAAGACAAUGCUAUAUUAAGAGCAAUAUAUUCGUGGGGAUCGACAGGGGAAGAUGAAACUGUUAUAUAGAUGUAAACUGCCAGACUUUUGGUGUAGAUCGUUUCCGAACUGAUUUACACAAAUCCCAUCGAUAUCAUCAGCACUACAAGAUCGCCAUCCGUCAUGCGUUUCUCUAUCCUUGCCGCAACGCUGACCUACGCCUCCGCCGUGUCGGGAGCGAUAACAUGGACGCUGCAGAAAGCCUCCAACCCGACGGCGGACCAAUCAGAGGCGUAUACUCGCAUCGAAUCUGCCAUGAAGCUUGCUGUUGCGCGAUACUCCCGCUUCACGAGCGCCAGCAAAACUAUCCGAGUUUAUUAUUCUCCCGGCGUACCCACGGCCGAAGCCAACUAUAACGGAGACCUUCGAUUCGGCUCCGACAGGUCCUACAUGACCGAGCGCACGGCGAUGCACGAGAUAGCUCACACGCUUGGAGUCGGACAGACGGCUGCUUUCGAUCAGCACUGCGCGGCUAACAACUGGCCGAAAGCGACGCCGCUGCUUCGGUCGUGGGAUGGUUCUAAUGCUAAGAUAAGCUGUGGUGGCGGCCACUUUUGGCCUUACGGUCUAAACUACGAGAGCGAGUGGAGCGAGACAAACGGGGACCGCCAUGUUCAACUGGUUAAUGCUAUGCUUGCCGAUGGGAUGUAAGGGGUGCUUUGUUGAUUAGUAGCGUGUACGAAUAUAAGAAUCAAUGACACGGGUACCU